UCUGCGCUGUAUGUGUGCAGAUUUCCUUGAGCGCGAGCUGUAUGUGAUUGUAUGCUGUGGCAAGUGUUUUAUUUUUUUUUUUAAAUCGACGCUUUAUAAAUUCCGUGGAAAACUUCAGUAUGUCGGUGGCUUUCGCGCCUCACAGACAACGCGGGAAAGGUGAUAUUACACCCGCGGGGAUACAGAAGUUACUGGAUGAAAACAAUCAGCUGAUUCAGUGCAUCAUGGACUUCCAGAGCAAAGGGAAAACGGCAGAAUGUUCACAUUACCAGCAGAUGCUUCACAGAAAUUUAGUCUACUUGGCCACAAUAGCAGACUCCAAUCAAAACAUGCAGUCUCUUCUCCCGGCUCCCCCUACACAGAACAUGGGCAUGUCAGGAGGCAUGAAUCAGAGUGGCGCACCCCCACAGCCCCCCCACGGCCACAGCAUGCCCUCAGAUGGCCCGCCCUCUGGCCCACACAUGCAAACCCAGAUGAACGGCCAGAUGCCUGGACCAAAUCACAUGCCCAUGCAGGGCCCAGGGCCCAACCAGCCUCCCAACAUGCCAAGCGGCUCUAUGAACAUGCCUCCCAGCAGCCACGGCUCCAUGGGUGCCUACAACCAUGCCGUUCCCUCCUCCCAGGGCAUGAGCAGCCAGGGCCAGAUGAACAUGAGCCAGGGCCAGCCAAUGGGCAACUACGGUCCCAGACCCAGCAUGAACAUGCAGCCCAACCAAGGUCCCAUGAUGCACCAGCAGCCUCCCUCGCAGCAGUACAACAUGCCCCCUGGUGGUGGUGGGCAGCAUUACCAGGGACAGCAGAACCCCAUGGGCAUGAUGGGCCAGGGCAACCAUGUGAUGGGACAGAGGCCCAUGCCUCCUUACAGACCACCUCAACAAGGGCCUCCGCAGCAGUACCCAGGUCAGGAGGACUACUAUGGAGAACAGUACAGCCACGGAGGCCAGGGGGCACCUGAGGGAAACUCACAGUAUGGUCAGCAGCAGGAAGCCUAUCAGCAAGGCCCCCCUCAGCCACAGGGCUACCCAGCACAGCAGCAGUAUCCAGCACAGCAGGGCUACCCAGGCCAGCAGCAAGGCUACGGACCUUCUCAAGGCGGUCCUGGACAGUACCCCAAUUACCCGCAAGGCCAAGGGCAGCAGUAUGGCGCAUAUAGACCACCUCAGCCUGGACCUCCACAAGGCCAACCACAGCGUCCAUACGGUUAUGACCAGGUACGUCAACAAGAGAGAGAAAGAAGUUAAAGUAUUUAGAAUAAGGGAACUGGGAAGUCUGCACUUGUGUUUGUGAUUUGGAGCACUUUAUCCUAGUCUUUAAUGAUGCCCAGGAAGUCCGCAUUUUCCUUCAGUUCAGCUUGAGUGCACAAUUAUGAAGCAAAAAUUAUUAUUAUUAUUGUUAGUUAUUAUUAUGAUGUUAUCCUCAGUCCAUUUUUUUUUUUUUUUUUAAAAAAAAGUCAUUAAACCCAAAGCCUUCCUUUUUAAAAACCUUCUUUUUUUAACAUGGGACAAAAUAAGAGUGGACUUCUGACGGUGAUCUAGACUGGGCUGAAGUGUGUAGUUCUGUUCUAGUAGCUCCUGCUUUACAAAAAUGAACAAAAAAAAGGAAUUAAAUAAAAAAAAAAAGGGUGCAUGUGCUUCACGAAGCCAGUGACGUGUUUUAAAGAAGUCACUGCUAUCAGCUCAUAAGCUGGUCCUCUUGUCGCCUCUGUUAUUCCUGUGUUUCUCUGUGGCCCUUGGCGAGGGGGCCACUCUGUUCCUUUCACAUCUCUAUGUUUGAACAUUCAGGGGCACAUGAGGAAAUAACGGACCGAGUAUUUCAACCCCUGACUAGAUGUUUAAGAAGCAAAGGUAAUUGCUGCCGUGAAGCGUUGUCAGAUCCAGACAGUUGGACUCCUAGCCUUUUUUCCCCCCCCCUCUCCCCAUUUACCUUCGCUUUUUUCCGUUACUCUUAUCUUCAUUUUCUUUAUUUUUGGUCUUGUAUUUUACAUUGCUUUGUAAUCAGGGGUCGAAAUAAUCAUCAGGUCCUUGAAAAGUCGCUGGGGGGGAAAACAAAAACAGUAAAGAUAUUUACAAUUUAUAACCACUAAGUGUAACACUUGCAUCCAACUUGCUUUUGCGUAAACGAAUUUGUAUAUCGUAUUCAAAACCCAAGUAGUGUGACAUUUCAUGUUUUUCAAGAUGUUAAACCCCUUUUUAGAAAUAUACAUGUAAAAUACUGAAAAAUACAAAAAAAGAAAUGGCCAAAAGGUAACCUUCAUAACAUGUCUGUCUUUCAGCCACUUUUAUUCUUUUUCUCUCAAACUGUGAAUGGAAAUCUCUCUCUCUCUCUCUCUCUCUCUCUCUCACAAUAUAUUUUCACUCAUAAUGCAUCAUCAUUGUAACAUCUUCUGCAUUAUUUGCUGUAUAAGCUGUGACUAUGAAAGCGGAUAUAUCAGAACUGUGAGAAGUUGAAGCAUCUCUUGCUUUUCGGUUAGCUGCAGUCUUAACGUUUCCUCAUGCUGAAGCUCUUUUCAUUACGCAAGCUGUAAAGGAAUAUAUGGCUUGUCGAGCCUUCACAGUUUAACAGUUACUCAGGGUGUAGAAUAUGGCAGUUAUUACACCGUUGACCUUUUCACAAUACAGAUUACACACAUUUCUGUCUCUUACUGUCUUAUGCUUUCUGCAAUUUCUGGAAAUUUGUUGCCUGCAUUUUUCUCUCUCUCUCUCUCUUUAAAAAAAAAAAAAAAAAAAAAGUGAAGUAACCAAUGGCUGCGACUAAUUCUGCAUUCGAUGUUGAAUAGAUUAAUUAAUUACUAUUCAUCAGUUAAUGAAUGAUUUAAAAAAUAAAUAAAUAAAAAAGCCAGUGUGGCCAGUAUGGUCGCUCAGUUUUUUUUCUGUCUGUGGAGUAAAUUUCCCAUUUAAAGCAUGUAGUGUCUAAAUGAAUUGCUUCUCACACUGUGUGUCCUAACAUGGCCCAGAUAAUCACCAGAGAAGUUUGUUUCCAACUGUUUUUAUUAUUGACUUAUAAAGAUUUUUGCCAAUUAGUUGUUGCAUGGAAAUAAAUGCACAGCGACUCAAUUUUCUUAAGCUUUUUCCCCCCUUUAUUAUUGAAUUGUUACAUAUCACUCUGGGACACAUUAUAUCCUAUAGUACAGGUAGCCGAAACCAUAUGCAUGAGCUGUUUUGUCAUGAAUUAAUACAGAUAAAAUGUUUUCGUUAAUCCUGUGUUCAUGUUAGUAAGUAACAAUUCGCUCUUGUAGGUUGCUGUUGAUGGCAUCGUAGCAAGCACUUCUCUUAGACAUUAUUGGUACAUGCUAUAACACUUUCACACCACACUUAACACCAGGUUAUUGUCCUUCUAAACUAAAGGUACUUGUUAACUUCAAUAUUAUGGCAAUGAACAUAUACCAUGUGAAACGUUAUUAUGAUUAUGAAGAGCCAGGAUUAAUUUAGUCUGAGCAGUGUGAACCCUCACCUAAAGAGAACUAUUACAAGUAUGAAAAGCUUGAAAAUGUGUUUUCUGAGGUCCCUGUCUGUGUAGCUGUGUACAAGAUGUCAACAAUCUCUGCUCUAGUCUUCAAGCUUUCUCUAUACUUGUUUACUGAGAGGUCAUAUAUGACAGGGUGAGGGGGAAAAACACCCUAAAUAUUAGACUUCACACACCACAGGUUUGGACUAAGGAAUCAUUCCAGCCAAUCAGAUGCGUCUCUGUGGUCUGUUGGUCCUAAUUUACUUAGAGAACUUCUUGGUUCAGAAAACACUGUGCUCCGUCACACACACACACAGAAAAUGACUGAUUAUUAGUCACUUGUUAGUGCAAGUUUGUUUGUUUGUUUGUUUGUGUAGAAGUAAGCAUUUGAAAGCACAAAUAUGAAACGGUGUGGAGAAAUGAUUCAAAUCUGUCGCUAAAGAAUAACGCCACUUUCAGGAGUGUUUCAUUAUAUAUGUUCCUUUAGGUGUCACUGUGUACCAUUUGUCAUACUGUGAAACUGGCACCUAUUUCGAAAAGAUUGUCUUUCCAUGACACAGCAGCAUCUCUAGCCCUAAACUGGAGAAUCACAAGACUUGCACCACGCAAGAGCAAUCUGUCAGUCGUGUAAUGUUGCAUGUGUAAUGAACGUAGCUAACAAUGUAAACCUAAAGUGAUGAACAGCCAGCAUGAAGCCUCUUGGUGACAUCGGUGAAGCAGUCAGAAACUUAUGUUCUUGUUUGGUUUUUUUGUUUUUUUCUUCUUCCAUCAUCCUCAGGGUCAAUAUGGCAACUACCAGCAGUAAACGAGAGACGCUCUUCUUCCUGUUGGAGCGUCUGUGACGGCGCUUUACGUCUUUCUGGACCUGCAGAAGGGCUACGGCUCUCUGAGACUUCCACUCCCCUUUUCUAUAUCAUGAAGAGAUGGAUCCCUUCUCUCUCUCUCUCUCUCUCUCUCUCUCUCUCUCUCUCUCUCUCUCUCUCUCUCCUUUUGUGCGUCAUUUUUUUUCAAGCACACCCCGACACCGGAUGAACCCUGGACAGUUUUCCAUGAUAAGUCUUUUGCGUCGACGAGAAGAUAAGGCUGCGAUCAGAACACGCUGUUUUCUUUCCGCCUCUUCCUGUUUCAGCAGAUCACACGGCCUCACUACUACUUCCUGUAGCGCCACUUUUCUUCAGUCUUUUCACGACCCCUCCGUUUUAUCCAAAGCCAUCUUAAAAGCAGCAAUGCCUUAAAAGAAAAAAAAGAGCAAAUCGGAGCGGCCUUAUUUAAUUUCCACAAGAAAAGCAGAGAGGGGGGAUUUCGACAUCCUGCAGCACAGAGUUGUCUUCACCGCUGCAGCAUGUUAGCAACCAUCUCUUCACUCGAUCGCGUGAAAGUUUAUCUAGCCGAAGCAAUAACAGUAGGGGAGGGGAGGGGAGUGGCCCAGAGAGAUGAUCUUGCACAGGGAAUAUUCUUCUUACACGUCAAGGUCAAACUUGUAUAAUGUACAAAUGUAUUUUAUGCUUUCUAGAUAGAGCUUACUUUGUACUGAGGAUUUGGAAACGUUUAGCUCUAAAUAUUGUACUUCUCUUGUUUCGCUGAAUGUCUUUUUAUUAGCUUCUUUUCUUUCUUUCUUUCUUUCAUUUAUUUUUAUUUUUUUUUUUUAAAUAAUUGUUGUUCCUUCCUUCUCUAGUGUAAUGUCUUUGGUUUCCUCCCAGCCAUGCUGAACCUUGAUUAAACCCAUCUGCUACUCUGGUGGUUCACGUGUUAAUUGUCCACAAGGGAGCACUUGGUUUUUAAGUGCAGUGACUCGGCUGUACACCGAAAGGACUGUCGUGGACAGUCAGGAGUCGCAUCCAAAUUAAAUUGGAAUCGUACAAACACGACGACGAGUUAAAAGCAGCGUGGAAUCCUUUCCUACAGGUCCAGAAGGAUCAGAUUGUUUUCUUCUCGAUCACAAAAGGAUCCAGACAGGUUUAAACUGAACUUUGCAGCCUUUUUUCUUUUCUCUUUUCCAAACUGCUCUUAACAUCGAUCCUGUGGUCAGUAGGAAGAUUAGAGAAUGCAUGUUGCAGAUUUUGUUCAGUAAUCAAGGCGACGCAGAUCGUUGUGCCCGCUUAAUCUGGUCCUCUGUACGUUUUAUUUUCCUGUGAAUUUUUUUAAUUAUUUUUUUGCUUUAGCAGGCUGAAAAUGUGAAUUUGGCUCCUCCCUCCCCUAAAAGCUACAACCAGAUCCUUCUUUCAUUAAGCUAUGAGAAAACCGUCUGUCACUUUUCAUUAAAGAUGUUUUAUUUUUUUCAUUUUUCUUGUGUAUAAACCAUGGUACUGGUUGUAGCGUUGUCAUUUUCCUACUUAACUCCUCUAAUUGUGUAAUUCUGAGCAUGUACUAUGAUGAAGUAUGAAGCCAGCGCAGUUCACAUGGGUGCUUGCACCUGUGUAUGGGUUUUUUUUUUUAUUUGUUUGUUUUUUUUUUUGUAAUGAUUUUGGGUGGGGUCGGGAGUCGGAGAUCAGAAUGUACGAGUCUAUUUGUGCUGAUGAGGAAUAAUCAUUUGGUGCUUGGUAUCAUGAUGCAACUCAAAUGUGCCAUGACUGUCUUUUUUUUUUUUUUUUUUUUUCUUUUUCUUUUUUUCCAUGACAAUGUAAAGUUGUACAUCAUUGUAACUGAACAAAAACGGCUGAAAUAAAUUAUUGUAAUACGG